GAAGGAAUCUUUCAGUUGGUUUCCCGGCUUGGUGAAAUUCUUCUAAGUGUCAGGCCUUCUGGUGUCUUUAACAGUGAGUUGAUCAGAGAGGGUCUUGAGCACUUCUAUUGAAGAGAUAUCCAACAGAGAACCAGGAGGGUUUCUGUCAGAGUAAAGGCCAACAGAGACCCUGAGGUCUUCUGUUCUGAAGCAGAGAACCAAAGGUCUUCUGUUAGGAGGUCUUCUGCUCUGGAGGCCUUCUGGCCAGGAGGCCUUCUGCCAGUCGAUCACACUAAGAACUUUUACAAAGGAAAAAUUCUAAUACAUUAAAUCUAAAGAGGGGUACUAUAAAGUCCUAAUUAAUAUAGCAUCAUCAAAAUCUAAUUACAAAUAUUCCUUACAAAGACAAUCUUAUUAUUCCAAAGGCAGAUCACUUUUAGGGUAUGUACAAGAAGUAUUUAUAAAACUAGAGUUACAAUAGUCUAGGAAGAAACCGAUGCAUUUAAUACAUUCGGUUAUAAUAGGAGUUUUGUAACGUCUCAAUUAUUAUGCAAUCAUUAUCCCCUAGGUCCACGUCUCUUCUGUUAGCUUCCUGAUGCUGCCAGAUAGCUAUGCUCGAUCUAUAGCAUGCCACGUAAGCCCUAGGAUAAGUUUGACCUCGCUAGAAUCCCGCCUAGGAUCGAGGUCUGCUGUCCAGACUUGGCUUAGUUGUGUUUCCCUCCGCGGGUCACGAUCCCUGUUAAUGGGCUUGGUUCGCUGUUCCCGAGUGAUGGGCUUCAUUUUAAUUUAUUCUUGGGUCAUGGAUGUGAUCCAUGGUACCAUCACGAGCCCCCGUAAAAUAAGUUGGGCUUGAUUUUAGAAGAGUAACCAGCCGCUUAUCUUUUAAAUUUGAAUUUUUCCUUCAUGAGCUGUAGCACCGCUUCACAUUAAAUGCGAUCAUAAUGUGACAUGUGCCUGCAGCACUGCACGAGUUCCAAAUUCGCCUUACCAACUUCAGCACUUGAGUGCUUGAGUAGCGGGGUUGGAAUAAUAAGAGUGCCUUGCGUUGCCUAAAUGUCACUACUUUUCUUCAUCGUUCUGACUUUUCUUCCUCAGGUCAGUCUCAUGCCCUCUUCUAGUUCCGUUCCUCUUCACACAGUCUUCCCCGAUGACGGGGCUAGUUCAAAUCGGCCCAAAAUCCCGGUGGAUUCCCGAGAGGUUGAGACCCAUUUUUAUCUUUCCGCCGAUUUCGCCUUAAGGGUUACAACCGCCAACAUUUCUAACUCUGAAUUUAAUGAGGCGGUGGCCCUUUCCGAGCCUAAAGUUGUCUGCUCUCGCCUCACCCCCAGUCAAAAUAUAGUAGAACCCCCUUUGCCUUCCCAUUUUGGGGUUCAUCUGGUGAGUCUACAAGUCGGAUUACGACUCACCCUCCAUCUUGCCCUCUUGGAUAUCUUGCACCAUUAUGGGGUCAUUUCAGGUCAACAUUGCCCUACUACGCAUUUGUUCAUAGUUGGGUUCAUCGCUCAAUGCAUCUCUUUGAAAAUUAAACCAUAUCUGGACUUGUUCCUCAUCUUCUUCUACUCUGUAAGAUCUAGCGCCUCCGAUACCCAGGGCUAUUUUUCUACACCGAGCGGUUGGGCCACCGUUUGUUCGCUGCAAAAUCUUAUCCAGACUCUUUCAAGGGUUGGCGACAUAAGUGGUUCUUGGUUACCCCAGCAAAUGGCAAGCUUCCGUUUGAGAAUAGGUGGGGGAACUGAUUCAGAGAUAGGUUAUGCCGAUCUUGCCAGAGGGGAACGAGUUGGCCGCCAAGCUUAUUGCUGAAGGUUCGCCCUUCUUAAUGGGCCAUUAUGUAGGUGAGGAUGGGGUGGUUAUGCUUGAAUUCAUAUAAGAGGGUGAAAAGAUGGCGUGCAUGUUGGAACGGCUUGCUGCAUAGGAUGUGUCUACCUCAGGUUCCCUGGCUCAGGUGAGGAGGAUCCAAACUCGGGGUUCUAUAGAGGCCGCUCUAGAGAAGUCAAGCGGGUCCACCCAUGGAGAUGGAGAUGUGAUUCUUGCAAUGCCGGCUGCAGACCUCUGGCCUCCCACGACCAGGGGGCUGGGAAGAGGCUGGUCUCCUAGCCCAUCUCUGUGCCCAAAGGGGAAAAGGCCAAAUAUGGUAAGAGCCCCUUUGAUGAUGUUGUAGAUGUUGAGUCUGAUUCUAAGACCCAAUCAUUGGAAGGUGGCGGUCAGGGGGACGCCCCCAGCACCUCUUCAUACCAUCUGUUUGACCAUGUGUUCGGGUUCAGCUUCCUUGCUCCAUGCCACGGUUAAUCAAGUCUCUCUAGCCCUGGCUAUCACCCCUCCUGCUGAUGCAGAAGAGCUCAGGAGUCUGACCCCCAGGUCAGCUCUUCGAGGCGCAGUUCAUGCUAUUUCUGAGGUAACAUUCAUUUCCCGCUCUGUUGGAACUCAUAAUUUUCUUGUCUGUUAAUUCCUCAUGCAAUAUUUGUUGAUUGCUAUCCCAGGCCUUUGUUGCCGCUGCUUCCAGCUCCCACCGUUUGGAUGAGGAGCAACAGGAGGCUAAGGGUCCGUCUGCCAACCAUAAGAAGGUGGUGGCAGACCUGGAGGUCGCUACGGAUGCUGCGGUGAGGGAUGCUGGAGAGAUGCAGAAGAAAUCGGAUGAUGCUGUUGUCGCCCAUAAGGCCAUUGAGGAUGCGUGGAGAGCCAAGGAGGAGGAUUUGAAGAAGAAGAAGACCGAGGAGUCGGAGUAGAUGCAGUUCAGGCCUUCCGAGGAGGGGAGGCCUUUAGGACUGAAUUGAAGCAGAGCAUGUGGUGGCAGAUCACUAGGCUGAAAUUUCCCUGGAAUGGUUGUUAACCCCUGAGGUAGAAGCCAAGUUGGAUGAGGAGGGCCCCCUGAGUUUUCAGUUAGGCAAAUACGACAUGCAUAAGUCUAUUUAUGAGGCUCUACAAGGGAGGGACCCCUCCUUCACUGCCCAGUCCUGAGGGUUGCUUGAACUGAUGGCUAACCUGGAAGCCCCCCAAAGCAGCCCUACCUCGGAUGUCACGGUUCCUCCUCCUGUCAAUGAUUGAACUUAUUUUUAAAUUCACAAACAUUAUCAUAAACACCGUUUUCCAGGGUUGUGUGUAUGAUGCUGUUUUUCGCCCUCGAGGUGGUGUGUAACCAAACAUCUCUUACUUUCUGCACACAUUUUAUCAUUUCUCUUUUGGUCUCUCUUGUGCUUCAUUCACUGUUUUGUUUGUACUGCUGGCACUUUUGGAGUUUGAGGCUUUCCAGCCAUACCUUUUUGGCUGGCUGGCUUCCCUUAGGUUUUUUUUGACAACUUGGGCAGUUCACCCCUUAAGUGCUGUAGGUUGUAUGUCCUUAGUCUAGGAAUGGCCUCCAGGCCUUCUCCGCAGUCUCUGAUGCCUUAGGAUUUAAAAUAGUUUUGUCACAAUUCUCGUACUUGAUUUUUGCCUUAGAUUCCCGAUCAAGGUCGUCUCUC